CCAACGUCCUACAUAAAGAGUGUGGGGCAGGGAGCCUGGGCAGCACAUACUGAGAGAGAGAUUGGGGUGGAAAAAAGGCAUCCAGAAGAAAGAAGGACGACAUUAAUACAGGACGAGACAUGGUGAACUCUGGAGGAAGCGUUCCUGCCGUGGUCUGCCUGGCCAACCUUUGUGUUGCACUUUGUGUAGGAGCUGCAUUGAAGCCAGAUGUGGUGUUGGAGAACAGUGCUACCACACUGAACCAUUCAAUGGCGCUGGUGCAGCGCAUGGAGGCCCUGCUGACCCAGGGAAACGGCAGUGACGUGAUCCUACGCGUUCAGACCUUGAACACGGACGAGGUGAAGGUGAUCCAGGUCCACUCGCUGGUGUUGACUCUACAGAGCGACGUGUUUGACGAGCUCCUACAGACCCGUAACUCCACUGCUAUGGUCCUCAAAGAGACCCCAGACUGUGCAGCUGUCUUUGAUAAGUUCAUUAGGUACUUAUACUGCGGUGACAUCACAGUGCGUCUGAACCAGGCCAUUCCUUUACACAAGCUUGCCAGCAAGUAUCAUGUGUGGGACCUCCAGCAGGGCCUCACCCAAUACAUGACCCAGCACCUGUCCAGCGAUUCGCCUACGGGUCACGUAGUGAGCUGGUACCAAUACGCCACGCAGAUCGGGGAUGUGAGCCUGCAGAACAGUUGCCUACAAUACCUGUCCUGGAACCUGUCAUCGGUUCUUCAGAGCGCCGAGUGGAGCUCCGUAAGCGAAGAACUGCUGCUUUCUCUCUUGCAGCGUUCAGACCUGGUUCUGCAGAGCGAACUGGAACUGUACGAAGCUCUGGAAGCCUGGAUCAACCAGAACCAGCCUUCAGGUGAGACAGCCGAGAACGCACUCAAAGCAAUACGUUACGCCAUGAUAUCACCCCAACACUUGUUCCACCUGCAGAAGAAGUCACCUCUGAUGUUGAAAUAUUACGAAUCCGUACGCGAUCUGCUCUUCCUGGCCUUCCAGUUCCACGCUGCCUCACCCGUCCAGCUCGCAAAGUACUUCGACGUUAACUGCAGCCUCUUCAUGCCGCGUAACUACCUGUCUCCAGCAUGGGGCUCCCCGUGGGUGAUCAACAACCCUACUCGAGACGACCGCAGCUUCAGCUUUCAGACACAGCUCGGACCGAGUGGUUAUGACGCCAGCAAACGCGUGACGUGGAACGCUCUUUUUUCUCCGCGCUGGCUUCCUCUUAGCGUGCGAUCAGCUUACCCAGAGCAGGGAUCCUUGCAGCCCACUCGUACCGAUGGGGGGCGUCCGCGGAUCAUCGUCACACCUGCCACCUCAAGCCCGGACUUUGCUGGCGUCAGCUUUCAGAAGACUGUCAUCGUUUCGGCCCGCAAGCAGGGGAAGGUGGUGGUCCGUCAUGUCUACAACUUCCACCAGAGCACAGAGGAGGCGGGAGACUUUCUGUUGGAAGCGGACCUGCAGCGUAGAGCAUCUGAGUACCUCAUUGACAGCUCGCUCUACCUGCACAUUAUUGUGAAGCCCCUCUACCACAGCCUCAUAGUUGCCAAAAAGUAAGAGUCUAGUUCCUCUACCAUUGAUUUAUAGUAUGUAAUGCCCGGAAAGUUUUAUGUCUAAAACACAUUAUGCAUUUGACAGACGCUUUUAUUUUGCAUCGCAUCACAUUUUGAUUUUACACUCAUAUGGACUUUUUGCAAAUAACAAAUGUUUUGAUCAUCACCAAAUUUUAUUGUUGAUGUCAAAAUUUCAUCUUUUUCAUUUUUUUAAUUCAUUUUCCUAGUGUAUUCAAAAAAAAAGAAAAAGAAAAGAAAAACGCCCAUUUUGUCACCAUUCCAUUUUGUUUCAUUUGGAGAUGAGAUUAAAUUGGUAAAACUGUUAGUAACCUUUUUUUUUACCGUGGUGCAUGAAAGCUCAUCCAAAUUUUAAUAGUAAUUUGAAGUCAAAUUUCUAUAUUACCAUGUUUGGCUUUAAUUUGUCAUCCCUUAAGUUGUACGGUGAGCAUGCUGAUUACUUUCAUAAAAAGAAAAAAGUUACAAACCAAAAAACUUUUUACCUAAUUGUUCUUUGCUGAUUAUCGAAUAAUGCAGUUGCACAUAUUAUUUUAGUUUACAAUGUAAUAUACUAAAUUCAUUUUUUGUUCACUUGUUACAUUGCAAUUCAUGUUGCGUUUCAUUAAAACCACAAUUUCUGAACCUACAAA